AUGAGGACCCUCGAUCCGACUUCAGCAAUACCGACACGGAUCCCUCGGCCGACUUUCAUGGCUGCAUCACCACGCACCCCUUCCAUCCGCGCAGUCCGCUAUAGCGCCAUGAAUCGAGUCAACAAUAUCUCCACGGCGACUGGAAGCCAUUCUCAGUCCAGCUGGCCCUCCCAGAAAUCGCCCAAGUCAUCCUCUUUGACUAACGCUGUGCCCAGCGAUCUUUCAGCUCAAGGCAUCAAGCAUGGCGAUCGUAUUGCCAACCUCGAAGACAUACCCCGUACAGGGAGCAUGCAAUCCCCCGGCCACCGGGCCACGGCUUCGGCCGCAAGUGCCGUGACAAUGACGCAAAGCCUGUAUCAGAGGAUGCGGGAUCGCUCCUCUGGAGGCCCUGUCCGGGCAGACGUCCACUCUGUCGUCUCGGUGGAAACCCAGGUAUACGCCCCCAGAGACGGCGACAGCUCCGUGACCGACGAGCAUUUGCAUCCCAGCAGCGCCAGAGGAGCUCUCCUUGAACCAGCUGCGGACAUCCUCGAGCGACCCAUGACUCCGACUCCUUUUUCGGUCUUGCUGAAGGUAUCCGAAACUUCAGAGAUCCAUGAUGAGGACGAUGGCAAGCAACAUCGAGACACAAAGAAGCCGAGCUCUGCAUCGCAUCACCUGGCUAUCACAGUUCAGCCGGCAGUCAUUUACGCUUCGCAAAACUCGGAGCCGGCGACCCAGCUCGAAAGCUGCUCCGACAGAGACAUCGCUGCAAAGAGAACCGUUCUCAACUGGGGGGCUCAGUCCAAGCCUUUGAGAAGGGACGAGGAGGGUCGUGUGGUCUCUCGGCUCCAUCCGCUCUAUAGGACCAGCGCUUCCAAUCACGGCGAGGCCAGGCGCCCUUUGUACACUGCCAUCCCCGUCAACAUUGCUACCAGCAGCAGCAUGCAAGCCGAGCAUGGCAGUUCCGAUGGCGGCACCGUCACUGACUCGCCCGUGCCCGAGGGAAUCUCCAUCCUGAGUUCAGCCGACCUGACCGAGACGGCGCCCAGGGUCGGGCCGACGACGCUCCAAAGCGACAUACAGGAUCUCGAGUCUCUCCGCCGCGGCCCUCGACUGCGCCACACCCGCAUGCCCCCGAACCCGAGCAUGGCCGUAAACGCCGGCCGCGGCGUGCCGGGCGACACAAAGAAGCUGUGGACUUCGCUCGGCCGGUCGCGCAGAAUGAUGCUCACGUCGGCCAUCCUCCUCGAGUCCUCCCUCCUCAACGCCGUCGCCAGUGUCACCGCCGUGGUCGUGAUCCAAAUCGAGCACGGCUACGCCGGCUUGGGUCUUGUGGCGUGGGCCGCCUUGAGCGCCGCCUUCGUCGUGGCGUUUGGCGUGCUUCUGGCGUUCGCCUUCCUGCAGUACCGCAAGAUGAACAACGAUGUGGUGUCUGGCGAGAGCUGGAUCGAGAUGCAUGUCCGGUCCCGGCCGCUCCCGCCUCCGCCGCAGGGCCAGGGCCAGGGCCAGGGAGGCGAGCACAGCAAGCAAGAAGAGAAUGGUGCCACCGAGGCGUGGCAGAAAUUCAUCCAAGAUCACGAGCAGCUUCGCCGAUACGUUGAGUUCCUCGAGAGUCGCAUCGGCGUGCUAGAGGAGGGACGGCCGAACCCAGGCCAGCAGUACUACAAUGACGAGUCGAAUACCGCUGACGAAGCCGGAGCCGGCAAGAAUGCAGCUCGCGGCAACACGGUGAACAGAAUCAGCCAGACCCCGAGGGCCAGCACCACCCUCGCCGCUCCUGGCGACGACAACACCUCGAAGCCGAAGAAGCUGGUGAGCGCUAGUGGUUCCAUGUCCCAUCGCCAGCUACUUCAGCCAGAGGACGCGGCAUCAGGGCCAUCGGAAUCCUGGCAACAGGGCAGCGACAGCGAUGGCAGCGGCGCGAUCCCCAAGUCUGACACGAAGGUCAGCAUCCUGACGGAGCUGUGCGAGGCUGUCACGGAGGGAUACAGCCCUCUGUCCGAGCACAUGCCCCGGGGUUCGUCUCACCUCUCCCAGAACCUUGACACCCACACCACGCCCUCAGCGGGCCGUUCGCGUAACAGCACUCUCAGUCCCCUCGGGCCUGGUGUUCGUUCGGCUGAUGUUCUGAAGGGUAAAGGCGAGAAUAUCUGA